GGUCAAUAUUAGGCGAACAGAACCAAUCGUUUGUGUUCACUAAAAAAAACGCGCGAUCCAUCACUUUAUAAAGCUCCUGAGACAAGAGAGAGAAUAAAAUCAAGAAUCCUCCGUUAAGAUGGUGGCCAUUUCUCUUUACAGAGGGAAUCUCCACAGGGUUCCAGAGGUGCCUCGUCGAUGGCUAAUGCCAUCUCCUAAAAUCUCUCUCAAAGAUUUCAAAACCCUUUUGAACCGACGUAACAGAGCCCUUUCUCGUCUCCGCUCCCCCAAUGUCACCACUUCAAACCCUAAUCUUAACUCUAAUUCUAACUCUAAGCAACAACUUCAACCUCCCAACCCCACUCCCCCUGAUCUUAAACCUCAAUUAGACGAUAAUAAUGCUGCUAAUGGCAAAGAAGACGAGGGAAUUAUUCGAAAUCAUGAAAUCAACGAUCGGGGAAAAUCGGACGUUGGGGAUUGUGCGGUGAAAUCGGUUACUGAAGCUGAGGUUGCACCGGAAAAAGCGGUUGAUACGGCGGUUACUGAUGAGAAAUUGUCUUCUUUGGAGGUGGUGGCGAAACCUGCCGAACCGGUUAACCCUAAUUUACAGACGAGUGAGAAGGUGGAGGUGUUAGAUGAGAAAGAGAAAAGGAAAAGGGAAGUUGAGGAUAGGCUACAGACUUUGAAUGCGAAAAAACAUAAUCUAGUGCAAGCUUUGAAGCAGAUAUUGAAUGCUGAGGAGGAAUUAAAGAGACGAAAUUGUAUGCAAGGAAUGGUGGCUCGCCCAGCUGGUCAACUCCAAGUGGAUACCACAAAUGACUCUGGGUUGAGUACCAGACAGCCUACACCAAGGAUGGGAUCGGAGGCAAAUCUAGGAGGUGAUAUGGAAGUGGCAGAAGCUGAAGAUGUUUCGAACCAUAAUACUCAUUCUCGUCAUAUGCUUAGAAUGAGCAGCAUGUCACCGUCUUCAGAGUCCCCUCUUAGAAGGACUACCUAUUUCCAACUCAGUGUGGUUCCACACCCUUCUCGAACAAGUAUGGGGGUCACGGGUAGUCCAUCGCGCUUUGCUCCUAUAGGCCAUCAGGGGAAUCCUGGAAAUUUGCCUGCAGUAUCUGUAUCAGGAACAAAUUAUGUGGCAUCCUCUCCUUCCCCUGCAGCGUCUGGUGGCACAUCUGUAUUUAGAGAUGCUUGGCAGCCAAGUCCAUGGAAUUAGAAGCUGUGUGCUUGCACCACAUGAUAUAACAUCAAGCAUUAUUUUCUAUACCUGAUGUUACUGUUUGAUGCUCCAAUUGUUCAAGUUCAGGUUGGCGUGAAUACUUUGAGUUUGUCAUAUCCUGCUGAAUCCCUCUGCUUUUUUAUUAUUUGUUCAGAGGAAUGUGAAUGCCCCAAUUCCCGCGCGUUAUUGAUUUAUCAGGUGAAGGAAAAACAGAAACUUAACUCUGGUGCGAUACUGUUUUUAUCUCGCAAUGAAGCACCAUCAAGAUCCUAUUGGUUCAUGACUUGACCUUAGAAAUGCUGUAAAUUCAAAAUUGUUGAAAAUCAUUCCAUAUCCGCACUCUGGUUAUGUGGGUGAUUUGAAUUGUACACUUAACCUGUAAUUGUAAGAUCAUUUUCCGUA